AUGGCGUCUGCUGGCGUGGAACUCCUGGGACUGACGCUCGCCGUGGCGGGCUGGAUAGGCGUGAUGGUGGCGUGCGGCCUUCCCAUGUGGCGUGUGGCAGCCUACGUGGGUCAAAACGUGGUCAUGUCCCAGGUCAUUUGGGAGGGCUUGUGGAUGAACUGCUCAGUUCAGAGUACAGGCCAGAUGCACUGCAAGGUCCACGACUCCAUGCUGGGGCUACCGCGGGACCUCCAAGCCGCCCGCGCCUUAGUGGUGGUCUCAGUCACGCUGGGAGUCAUAGGGGUCGCAUUGGCGACAGCGGGAGCCAAAUGCACCAAUUGCAGCCAGGAUGAAAAGGGGAAACGGCGUCUAGUGUUUGUCGGUGGGCUGGUCUUGACUCUAGCGGGGAUUCUGACGCUGAUGGCGGUGUCCUGGACGGCACACGUCAUCGUGAUGGGGUUCUACGACCCGCUUCUGGAGGAGACGGGAAAACGCGACUUUGGGAAUGCACUCUACUUUGGAUGGGCCGCGUCUUGUUUGCUCAUACUAGGGGGAGCACUGCUGUGGUGCACCUGUGGCAAGAGGAAAACCCCGCAGGUGCGCAAGGUGUCCGAAUACUCGGCUGUUAGUCGGCGUGGACGCGGGAAACAAGACUAUGUGUGA